UCUGAAUAAACUAGUUUUUUUGCGGACGCGCACAGGUUUUGACGUGAACCGUAGAUCGUUUGAAUAGUGAAAAGUUCAUCCAAGAAGUUGGAAUCUUCCCAAGGCCGAUAAGCGUGAAUCAUCGACUGACUGGAAUUCUCAUCCUCGUGGUUACAUAAAAUUAAAGAAGAUAUGGCGAUGAUUCCUCGAAAUAUUUUGGAACGGGCUCGCAUGGCGAACAGGAAUACAUUUCUCUACACGCAUGAUGGAUUUGCGUACUGUUACGCGGAUGGGUCCUGCAUGGAACCAGCGAGGAACGCUGGUGUUGGGGUCUGGUUUGGACAUAAUCAUAUCGCGAAUAUUUCGGAGCCCUUGUCCGUACCUGGAACGAACAAUCGUGCCGAACUGUUGGCUCUGCUGUAUGCGAUCCACGCGGCGAAGGCAUCCGGGUUGCAGUGUCUUGAGAUCAGAAGCGAUUCGAAGUACGCCAUACAGUGCGUCACAGAUUGGUUACCGAAGUGGAAAAAUAAUAACUGGCAGACAUGUGCCUGUACAAGCGUCGAGAAUCAAGUGGAAAUCCGAGCAAUCGAUGAAGCGCGAUCUAAUAUGAACGUGCGCUUCGAGUGGGUACCUGGUCAUUCCGGCGACUUCGGAAAUGGAGCUGCAGAUGCGUUGGCAAAAGCUGGCGCGACUGAAUCGUUGAGAAUGUACCGUGGUUACUGAGAUAUUUCGUCAUGUCUGCCUUCGUUCGAGACGGAAUGAGUAAUCGGUACGACACGUGCUGCAGAAACAUGAAUGGUCUAAGAAACUUGUUUAUAAUAAGAAAAUUAAGAGCCGUCGGUCCUCCUGUGUUCAAGAAGUUUCGCGUCUCCGCUUCGCAUUUGCAGUCCUUGUUUGGAAUUUCUUUGUUACGAAAUCCAUGUCGUAUGGAAAGUUCUUGCUCUUAUAUCUUCUCUAUUCGGGUGUCAGUUCUACAUUAGUGUACUGUAUGCUGUUAUUGGUUUUGUCCAAGAUCAUGAGGCGUGUGAUCCAAUAUUUUCUUCGCGUACAGCUGUUCACGGUCAUUGUGCAUUUUUGUGAAAGGUUCGCUGCUCACGCCAACCAUCGCUUUUGUUUCCGAAGUUUCUUGAAGUACAAAAAUCUCCGAGUUUACUAUUCA